CAAUUGUGACACAAACAACACAAACACGUGUUUGGAGAAAAUUUUUAAGAUCGUAGAAGAAAACAAAAUGGCAACUGCUCCUGUUAAAACGAGUGCUGGUCGCGGCCGUGGACGGGCAAGGACUUCAGCAUCGUCACUAAAUAGUCCUGGGGGAAAUGGCCACGAAUUCAAGAAAUACGUCCCGAUAUUAAACAGCGCAGAACCGAAGGUUGUAAAUGUCGACACUUUUAAACCGGUGGAAGAGUCAUUAGGAUUGUGUUUACGGGAAAUCACGCCAGAAAAUUUGCAGUCUUGUUUAUCGAAGGCGGAGGAAUUCGCGAUAACCGACGAAAAGAUUAAAAAGGUUGUCAGCUCGUUGUUUGAAAAGAGCUUGAAAGAUCGACGUUUGGCGGCAAAUGGCGGUCAAGUGGCUGCCACAUUGAUUUCAUCUGAGAAAAUUGGUCCCACAUUCCGAAAUAUGUUUUUGAAGAAGGUAAAUAUAUAUUCGAUAUUUAUUAUACCUUUGUAUUUAUAUCUUAUUAUUUAAUAUAUACAAAUAUAAUCAUAUUAAUUAAGGGGUGGACCAUUAGAAAAAGUGGAAUUGGGGGGACUUUUUCAACUUGCACUAAUAUUUUUUAAAAUUUUUUGCUUGUGUAGAUCAAACUUUUUUUGUGCACGAAUUUUUUUUUCUUUCUGUUUCCCCUGCACGAUUUUUAUUUUUGCCCCCCCCCCCCCCAUUCUAAUGGUCUGCCCCUAAGAGAGAUAUAACUUAACAUGUAUGCCCAGGUGCAACUUCAUGUUUUUCCAGAGCAGAAGAGCUUUUUAGUUUUGACAGCCAGCUUCAGGCUGAUUUGCUGAGCCAACGAGACCUUCAAGUGCUUAUUAAUACAAACAUUGAAUUUUUGCCUGAGAAUAGAUAAUAUGCCGAUAAUAUUAGCUUGCAUGAAUUUUUUUGGCCUUCUGUCUGCGCUGGCACUAUGCUUUCCUCUUUGCACAAAUUUUUUUCUUUUAUUUUCCUUUGCACAGAUGUUUUAUUGUCCCCCCCCCCCCACUCUCUCAACUGGUCCUCCCCUUUGCCCGCAGAAUGGAAAUUUUCUUUGUCUUGUGAUUUCUUGGUGGAACUAAUUAGAGAAGCAAAAUCCCACCUAGUGGAAAACCGGCUUAAGUGGAACACAUUUCAGAGUACAUUGUGCUGCUCAAUUUUACAGUUUUUAAUUCCAAAUUUUUAAUUCUAAUUACCCAUUCCUCUAGUUUCAAGAAACAUAUACCAAUCGAGACAAACAAAGGAAAACUGAUUUUGAGAAAUAUCUGUGUUUCUCGGUCUUUCUUUGUUCCAUAUUCAAAGAUGUACGAGUGAAUGGUGAAGUUAUGAAUAUAUUGACCAAGCCAGUGUUUAAGCCAGUGUUUAAUAUGCUUGGGGAGCUCUUGGAUGGGAAAAAUGUGGAAGUUUCACAGACGGAAAAAGGAAUGGAAAUUUUCCGUGAUAAUCUUUCUAUGAUUGCAUCACUCCUUCAAGCAGCAGACCAGGUAUGUUUAAUAGUCUUAUAUUGUUAGCUCAUUUAGUUGCAACACUCUCCUCUCUCCUCUUAGGGUGCAUCAUGGCACAUUGCCACUUACAGGGUUAGUAGGAUGCAUGGGCAAUAGCAGACCUCUCAACUUUGCAGAGAAGUUAAGAGUGAGAUUGGGGAUGUGGAUGACUCCUUUGUAAAAGACUCCGGGGGUCUGAAAUGGCAUUUGGUGGGUCUGAAAUGGCAUUUGGUACAUUAUGAGAGUUGGUGUUUUUUGUAAUGAAAUACAUUGCUUCAUAACGUCCUUUAAGACAAGGCAGUCUUUAGUUUAGUUACAAUAACUGUAUUUCUGCAACAUACAGUAAUGAGCUUUAAUUUGCCUUUGAUAAUUUACAUAUGGAAUUCUGCUCCGACUGAUUCUUCCUUUUGUCCGCCGUAUUUACAUAAUCAGUAUGCGUACUAUUUUGUAUCCAAAUUGCGGGCAAAAUGUCGGGCCGUAUAUGCAGGAACAAUAACACGCGAUUAUAUAUUCGAUUCGCGAUCCGUAUAAUGAUUAAUAAUGUGCAUGUACAAUAUUAUAUUUAUUGAAAGAAUACUAUGAAACUGCUACAUGCGUGAGAUUUAUUAAACGUGGCGUGAGAGCGUGAGAGUGAAGCGAAUUGCGUGAGACUCACGCCGAAUGCGUGAGAGUUGAGAGGUCUGCAAUAGUCCAAUUAACCCAUUGAGUGGCAACACUUUUCUUCUGAUGAGUAAAAUCGCAUGGUGUUAGACAGAGUAAAAUAAUAAAGUAGGGAUCUGCAUCAGUUGUCACUUACAGGGUUAAACAUAUAUUAAUGUAACAAGCCUGUUAAUGAAUUGCAACAAUGUAGAGCUUUAAAGCAAUGCACUAGAUAUAAUUUAUUUGUUAAUUUAUUGAGUCCGCAAUUGACCAUUUGCGUAAUAGACCACAUUUUGAUCUAAACAAGUCUAGACAAAAAUUUCGUCACAGCUUGAAAGAGCAUCACAAAAUUAGUAAUACUCCAAAGUUUCGUUGCAAAAUGUUGUAAAAUGCGUAAAAUAUAGCCUUGCGAAAUUUUCAAUUUUCAGCCAUUUUAGAUUACAAACGGGAAAUUGACAGCCUCAAAGCGCAUCGGGCUGUCAAUUUCCCGUUUGUAAUCUAAAAUGACUGAAAAUUGCAAAUUUCGCAAGGCUAUAUUUUACGCAUUUUACAACAUUUUGCAACGAAACUUUGGAAUAUUACUAAUUUUGUGAUGCUCUUUCAAGCUGUUAUGAAAUUUUUGUUGAGAUCAAAAUUUAGUCUAUUACGCAAAUGGUCAAUUCCAGCUUGAAAUAAUAAUAUAACAUCAGUGGAGUUUCAUGUUGGUGUUUCAAACCGAGAAAGUACUCAAAAUUUAUAAUAUAAUAUUUCCAAACCUACAUUUAUAAUUUUUUUUAAUGUGAAUUAAUAUUAUAUAGCGUAUCUUGAUAUAUAGUUUAUUUUCUCAGGGCCAAAUGGAUGAAUUAUUCAAGAAAGUGCGCAGCAAUAUAAUCAAGGAAGCGUCACACAAAAUAUCCUGCAUACUUCUAGAGACUUUUGAAUAUUAUUCAAGUGGUGAUUGGACACCCAAAGACGAGACAAAAGAUUUUUAUAACAGUUUAAUGGCUGACAUAACUGCCAAAUCAUAAGUAACAUUCAUAAUUACACUCAACAGUGAACAUGCAUACAAAACGUGUCACUCAAAGUUUGUUCAUUCAGUCCAGGAAAUAUCUUGUUGUAAAAAUGUACAUUUUAAUGUUUAGCUUACAGUUACUGAGCUGGGCAUGGUUUUAUUGUUAUUAGUUAUUUCAACAAAUUUGUACACAUAUUAGGGGCGGACCAUUAGAAAUCUCGGCCCUUAUAGAUAUGGUUGUGUUUUAUAUAAAUUUUGUAACAAAUUUGUGUGUUGUGUAGCUAUUGAAUAUUAUAAAAGUAGAUCAUGUAUAAUAUUUUUAAUUAAUUA